UCCAGGGUUCCUAGAGCCGCUGCGUUCCACCUCGGAAGCCCCAACGGGCGGGUGAGGGAGGACAUGAACGCCACGCCCACUAUGCCUGCAGGCCCACGGGUGGGAAAGUGUGUGUUGUGUCUAGGGUUGCUCCCCGAGGGCUCUGAACGGACAGUCUUCCUGAAAGUCACAGCAUGGAUAGGGCUCCAGCCUGCGGUGGCUUCUCCGAGACGGCGUUCUGGGUACCCGGAUGGGGAGCCAGGCCCUCUCAGUGUCAGCAUGGACUCCAGGAUCCCGUCUGCUAGGGGCUGGUUCAGCAGCCGCCCACCCACCUCUGAGCCUGACCUGGAGCCUGCCACAGAUGGGCCAGCUUCUGAGACCACCACCCUCAGCCCAGAAGCCACCAGCUUUAAUGACACCAGAAUCCCUGAUGUGACUGGUGGCACAGCCGGCGUGGGCACAAUGCUUCUAUCUUUUGGGAUCAUCACAGUGAUUGGCCUGGCUGUGGCCAUGGUUUUGUACAUCAGGAAGAAGAAGAGGCUGGAGAAGCUACGACACCAGCUCAUGCCCAUGUACAAUUUCGACCCCACGGAGGAGCAAGAUGAACUGGAGCAAGAGCUGCUGGAGCACGGGCGGGACGCUGCCUCCGUGCAGGCCGCUGCAGCUGUGCAGGUCGUGCAGGGCAAGACCACUCUCCCUUCUCAGGGCCUGAUGCAGAGGCCCAGCCGGCUGGUGUUCACCGACGUAGCCAACGCCAUCCAUGCGUGAGUGGCCUGGACCUCUGAUGAAGACACCUGCCACAGUGCCCACAGAGCUGCCUACUCCGAGAUCAUUAAGGCCUACUCUCAGGACCUGCCCUGCCAAGGCCACAGCUGUUUUGAGGCCCCACCUGCUAACUUUCCAUGCUCCAAGAGAGGCCCCUGGCCAGGCUGGGCCUAUGGCCACUGAUGUCCUCUGAUCUGAGGGGCCUGGCAUGGAGAGCAUCCCUCAUGUCAGGGAGGUGAAGAGCCAUUGCUGGCUGCCUUGUUCCCUUUCCAGACCCCUCACAUCAGAGUCUGUUCCUCUAAUGUGGAGGAAAUGGAGGAGACAUGGGUUGGGAAUGGAAGGGAAAGAGAGUCGGGGGUUUCCCUUCUGUCAAGGCAAGACCCAUCUUUGCAAUCUGGAGCCUCCUCUUGGGUGGGGAGAGGCAACCAGCCAGGUCUUGGGGACGGUGUGGUGGCACCCUGGGAGAGGCUUAGGGAUAGAGCUGAAUGCCCAGCGGGCAAGGAUGCCAGGAGGAGGGCUGCUCCUAUGCAGGGUCCAUCCAUGUUACAGAGGGGCCAUGAGGUCUUCCAGACACCCUUCCCUGGCAGCCAGCUACUGGCUGGGCCCAAGCUAGGAUGGGAGCUGAGGGGGAGGGAGGUUGGGGAGCAGGUGUGGAGGGAUGCCAUGCCAGACCUGCUGGGAGGCUUCAUAGAUGUGUGCAGAUGUGCCCACAUGUGGAUUUGCACCUGUCCCAGCACAGGGGCCAGGAUGGAGACCUCUGCAUAGCUCCACACUCCAAGCUGACCCCCACACCAUGGUGUAUAGAAGAGCACUAAGUAGGCCACCUUGUCUGCCUUCAGUGUUCAGGGACAGAAGGGAGAGGAAAGCAAAGGCGAGGGUCCACUGCCCACUGCGUCUCCUCACUGGGCUCUAAAUGCCAGGUAACCUGCUUCUGAAAUGGUUCCCUGUCUUGGUUAUGUUGGUGAUCUGGGGUUGAGGGGAGAGGCUAUUGGUCUAAGGGCAGUGGCCGCAGGCUGCGGGCUAGCAGGGGGAAUUCUGACUGCCUGAAACCUGGUGGGGAUACAGACCUAGGAGACCUAGUCUGUCUUUUGAGCGCACAGCCCACCUACCCAUUGUCCGCCCACCCCAGGCCCCUCAGGAAUUCUACCAUUCUGAGGCAUCUGGACAAGGUACUAGGCCAAGCCAGACCCCAGGCACUGAGCACUUUUUCUCCGCUGGGCACGCAUGCGCAUGUGAGCAUGCACAGCCGCACGCCCUCCAGGCCCAGCCUCGCCGCCCUCACUGUCCUCUGCUGGUUGGAGGGGACACGAGGGUGGCAUGUACAAAACUUCUGUUGGGCAAAUACCACGUGUCAGGAUGUGAGGUCCGAGGAGGCCUGCGUGGGGAAGGUUCUGGAUUGAUUCCUCCUCUAGAUGCUAUAAAUACGUUAGCACUUGAGCCAACUGGAGGGCUGCGGGUAAUUUAGGAUGCACAGAAGCUGUAAUUUAACUCACAGCAUCUCCAUGUAAGAGCAUUAAAGAUGUAAUUAAGAUGUUUACACAAAAA